AUGGUACAAAAUUUAUUUUCUUUCUUUCUACCUCUCCUUAUUCUUUUUUCGUCAUUGUUUCCGUCUGCCACUUUUUCACUUUCUUUAAAGCCAUCUUAUUUCAUAAUUAUAAUUUUAUUUUCGUUUUUUCUUCAUUAUUCAUGUCUUACUUUUUCUUUUUUCUUCUUUCUUCUUUCUUGUCUUUUCUCUUUUAUUUAUCUUUUUCUCAUUUUUUUUCCUUUUACAUUUCUUUUUCUUUUCCUGUUAAUUCUACCAAUACUCUUCUCUUCUCAUUUGUACUUUUUAUUCUGUAUCAAAUGGUUUAUUUUCCUAAUUCUCUCUACGCCUCAUUUAUUUUUUGCCAUUUUCGUUUUUCUUUUUCUGCGCUAUCAUCGUUUCGUUUCGUUUCCUUUCUUUCUUUCUUUCUUUCUUUCUUUCUUCUUCAUGUUUCCUCUUUCCUUUUCAUCACUUUCUCUCUUUUCGUUUCUAUUCUUUUCUGCUUUCCUUUUUUUUUCUCUUUUUCUAGCAAUUGAUCUUUCUUUUCUCCACUUCUUUCCGUCGCCCCACCCACACUCACAUGUCUUCCUUCUUUUUCGUUGUCUUAUUCUUUUUUUCUUCGGAAUUAUCUUGUUACCUUCAUUCGAUGUUCACUACUCCCUUCAGAUUGUACCAUCUAUCACACACGCACUUCCUCCUGGUCAAUGA